AUGGCUACUAGCGGCCCCGUAAGCUUCCUCUAUCUCUCUGGCGAACUUCGUAACGCUAUAUACGAAAUCAUAUUAGUGCAAUCCAAGCCUAUCGAUCCUUGGCUUAGACGUGGCUUACAGGUCCUAACAAGACUUUUUUACGUUAGCAAGACAGUCCACCGUAAAGCCAGCCUACUAUUCUAUAGCCAGAAUUGCUUCAAUUUUGCUAAGCGCGAUCCUAAGAAAAUAACUUCCUUCCUCGAGCAAAUCGAUGCGCGUAACGCAAGCUCUAUUCAACAUAUCAUCAUCGACUUCCCAGAAUCCCUCCAUGACCCUAGCGAUGUCCUGACUGAUGAGGACACUGCUAGUAUACUCGGAGAUAUUAAGAGCAGGCUCGACAAUCUAGACUACUACAGCAUUGCUACUAAGAUGCUGCAUCUUGUUAAUACUCACUUUAAAGCUAUUCCUUCUUUGCCAGAAAUCAUUCUUGAGGUAUAUGAGGACGGGCCGAGUGAUAGUCUUAGAAGGAAGAUGAAGAGUUAUGGAUGGGUACUAAGCGAAAAUGCCUUUGAGGAAGAGAAGUACUGGGACGGAAGGCUCAGUCAUAUUGACUCCGACGACUAUGGCUAUGACGACGACAACAACAGCUAUGAUGGCGACGAUUACGAUACUGAUAACGAUAGGGACUUUUGGAGAAGAGUGGCAGACUAA